AUGGAGUUCAUUAGCCGGCUGCAGGGCAAAGCAUGUGUUUGUUUGGGGUUGAUCCUCAUCGUGUUGGGGGCAUGGUCUUCUGAAGCCACUUCUCGUAGUCUUCAAGAUGCAUCCAUGUAUGGAAGACACGAGCAAUGGAUGGCUCGUUAUGGACGCACAUAUAACGACAUUAGGGAGAAGGAGAAACGUUUCAACAUAUUCAAGGAAAAUGUGGCAUAUAUAGAAUCUUCCAAUGAUGAUGCAAACAAACUAUACAAACUAGGUGUCAAUCAAUUUGCAGACCUUACAAAUGAUGAGUUCAAAGCGUCACGAAAUCGAUUCAAGGGGCAUGAGUGUUCCACAAAGACGACUUCUUUCAAAUAUGAAAAUGUAACAGCAUCAGUGCCGACUACUAUGGACUGGAGAAAGAAAGGAGCCGUGACACCCAUCAAGGAUCAAGGCCAAUGUGGAUGUUGUUGGGCCUUUUCAGCGGUGGCAGCAACAGAAGGAAUUACUCAGCUUACAACAGGUAAACUCAUCUCUUUGUCUGAGCAAGAGCUUGUUGAUUGUGACACCAAUGGCGAAGACCAAGGCUGUGAGGGUGGUUUAAUGGAUGAUGCCUUUCAGUUCAUCCAACAUCAUGGGCUUAGUACGGAAGCUAACUACCCCUACAGCGGUGUUGACGGUACAUGCAACACCAAGAAAGAAGCCAGCAUUGCAGCCAAGAUAACUGGCUAUGAAGACGUGCCUACAAACAGUGAACAAGCCCUUCUCAAGGCUGUUGCUAAUCAACCCGUCUCUGUUGCCAUUGAUGCAAGUGGUUCUGACUUCCAAUUCUAUUCAAGUGGUGUCUUUACCGGAACAUGUGGAACGAGCCUGGACCAUGGUGUUACUGCUGUUGGUUACGGAGUCGGUGAUGAUGGGACUAAGUUUUGGUUGGUGAAGAAUUCAUGGGGCACAGAAUGGGGCGAAGAAGGCUACAUAAGAAUGCAAAGAGAUGUUGAUGCAGCAGAAGGACUUUGUGGCAUUGCUAUGUCUGCCUCUUACCCUACUGCAUGA